AUGGCUAAGAGAAGCAAACAUCUUGGAUUGGGCAAAGCUGCCAAGGCUAAGAAACAAAAGGUUGCUGAGACCACCGAAGAAACUGGCGAUGAAUCAAGUGCUUCUGCCACGCCAAGCAAUGAAAUCACAGUUGAACUUAAUGAAGCUGCCGAUGCUGACGAUGAAAUGGCUCAAUUGAAGGCAUUAUGGGGCACAUAUUCCAAGUCCGAGAAGGAAAACGAACUUGUUCUCAAUGGGAUCAUCCAUGAAUGUGACCGUUUGUUGAGAAAUGGUAGUGAAGAUGAAAAGGUUAUCAUUCCAGAUUAUUUCCAUUCUAUCUAUGCACUUGCCUUAUCAGAACUCGCACUUUUCCAUACUGUAGAUGAAGAUAGUGACAAGAAAAUUAAAGAAUAUUUCACUGCUGCAUUAGAAAGAAUAGAAUUAGGACUUGAAGCUAACCCUGAAUCCAUUGAUCUUUUGUUUGCCAAGAGUAGAAUUCUUAUGAAUAGAAUUCCAUUACAAUAUAUUUCACAAUUGAAGCAAGAUGUUACAUCUAAAGUUCCAAAACUUGAAAAACUUCUUGAUGAAGCGUUAAAAAUUUAUGAAAAUGCUGAAACUAAAAGUGAAAGUUCAAAAGAUUUGCAGCAUUUUAAUGAAGAAAAUUUGAUCAUUCUUGAAGCUCUUGAUGAUUUAUUGGAUAUGGUUGACAAUUUCGGAAGACCACAAAAGGAAGAUGAACAAGAUGAUGAUGAUGAAGAGGAAUCUGGAGAUGGUGAAGAUGAAGUAGAACUUCCAGAAGACCAUCCAUUGUACGAAAUCAAGAAUUCUGACUCAUACAACCAAUGGUGGAGAGAUCAUACCAUUAUCUUUUUAGAGAAGGUGAAUGCUAGAGAAUCCAGUGAGGAAGUUAUUGGACUUCGUAGAGAAUUGGCCAAGAGACUUGGACAAUCAUACUUACAAGAGGCUGAAAUUCCUUCUUCUGUGUAUACUGCCCUCACUUACGAUGAAGGACUUGAAGAUGUCAAGGAAUUACAUGGAUUAACCAGGGAACAAGCUCAAGAAAUCUCCAAGGAAUUGUUUAUCACCGCCACCAAGUAUUUCGAAUUGGCUCAAGAUAAAGAUGAACCAGAAUCUUGGGUACCUAUUGCUGAAGCCAAGAUUUCUCUUGGUAACUUGUAUGAACUUGAGAGUGAAGAACAAGAAAAGUUGUACAAGGAUGCUGAGAAGAUUUUGAUUAAGGCCAACAAGGCCACUCAAGGUAAAUAUCAGGACAUUUUAGAUAACUUACAGUAGAGAGAAAUGAUUAAUAUACGAAAAUGAUUA